AUGAAAGUAAUAACAUCCCGCCUCGAGUCUCUGGACUGGACCAACACCGUCGGUCGCCACCUCCCCAGUUUCAAUCUCGGCAACUCCUCCGAUCGGACCCGAACCUCUGUCAUCGACGGCCUCUGGAUGAAGCUCCAUGAGUCGAUGGCCCGCUUCAGCGACAUAUGGGAGAUAAUCGAGGAUGUACUAGGAGACGGUGUGGCGAAAAUACUUUACUGUCAACGGUGGCAGGGAAGGGGCGAGGUGGUGGAGGUGACUGCGAAGCUUCGGCAGAGGCACGUGGAGGCGGUGAAGUUGGAGAGGCAGCUGCACGCAAUCCGUGUGGUGGUGGAGGCCCUCGUGUGGAAAAUUAGAUAA